AUGUUGUCGAAGAAAACUGUAAAAAGGAGGAUUAGCUUCUCCGAUGAUCUCGUUUCUGUUCGUCAUUUUGAAGUGGACGUCUAUCAGGAAGAUCAAGUUGUCCCACUUGCUGUCCCACCUGCUGUCCCACCUGCUGUUCUGCCUGUUGUCCCACGUGCCAUGCCUACUGAACAGUGCCAGAUACGCUCGGAAAGAACCAGAAUCACUUCAGAAACUGGUUCGUCGCAUGUUGUAUCCACUGUCGAACGAAGGGAUCCGGUCAGAGAUGACGUAUUUGCCCAACAGCGACAACUACCACAUCCACCUGUGGUAAAGCAAGAGCCUAUCGACGAAGAUGAUGACGUUGUGGUGUUGUUCAGUGGAAAGACAGAGGUAAUUGCAUUCAAUUAUGUGAAGUUCAAAGGAGUUGUGAAUUUGUCUUGCUAAUG